AUGCUCCUCCGCCGCACCGCCGCCGCAGCAGCGCAGCGCUCCUCCUGGUUACCCCCCUGGCGAACCAUCCUCCCGCACGUCGGCCCCGCCCGCCCUUAUAGCGCUACCACCUCCACCUCCUCCCCACACCGGCAGCGGCUGCGCACACCGCAGGUUACGGACAGUUCGCUUACUACCACCGCUGCGCCCCGACCGUUCCCGGACUACUCUCCGCCCCGCCCCGACUCGCCGGCCGACGAUGCCCUCGCGAGCCGUCUCGCCGCCGCGCUCCUCGCUUCGCCCAGCCCAGGCUCCCUCCCUCAUCUCCCCUUCAUUCCCCUCCGCCCGCUGCACCUGCUCCUCGCACUCCCCCUGCUCGCCUCCCACCCCAACCUCACCAGCCUCCUGGUCCCGCUCCUCCUGCUCUUCCCCUCCCGACCUCACCCCCAUCCCCAACUCAUCCAAUGCUUCGCCAUUGCCGCCCAUCUCGCCGUGCGCGAACCCGGAACUGCGCGUGCUAUCCUUGUACGAGCUCUUCGUUUCCCAUCUCCUCAUCGGCAUUUCGUCGAGCAGUUCAUCUUCACAUACAAGGCCUUCUCGUCGGACCCCGCCUCCUUCGACCUCCUCCUCCUGUGCCUCCCCUCCGCCCAGCUGCUCCGCCGGCUCCGCCAGUACGGCCUAUCCCCAUCCCCAGAAUCCUGUAAUGCUGUGCUCUCCCGCCUUCCCCUUGAUGAAGCAGUUGCCUUGUUCCGAGAACUCCCCGACAAGAACGUCUGCUCCCACAAUAUACUCCUCAAGGCGCUCCUUAGUGCAGGCCGGCUCAAGGAUGCACGCCAACAUUUUGAUGAAAUGUCGUCACCGCCAGAUGUUGUGACGUACGGCACUAUGGUCCAUGGCUACUGCGAUUGUGGUGAGCUGGAGAAUGCGGUGAAGCUGUUGGAUGAAAUGGCAGCAAAGGGGCUGGAGUCAAAUGCGACAGUGUAUACAAGUGUGAUUGCAUUGCUGUGCAAUAAAGGGCAGGUUUCAGAUGCUUUGAGGGUGGUAGAGGACAUGACGAUGCAUGGGGUGGUGUUGGAUGCAGUGGUGUUUACAACUGUAAUGAGUGGAUUUUGUAGCAAGGGUGAUUUGGCAGCUGCAAGAAGGUUGUUCGAAGAGAUGCAGAAGAGAGGGUUGGCCGCUGAUGGGGUGACAUAUACCGCGCUUAUCAAUGGUCUUUGUCGGGCUGGGGAGUUGAAAGAGGCAGACAGAGUACUUCAGGAGAUGGUGGACAAGGGAUUGGAUGUUGAUGUGGUCACAUAUACAGCACUCAUUGAUGGGUACUGCAAAAGAGGGAACAUGGUGGAAGCCUUCCGAGUUCACAAUGAAAUGGUACGGAGAAGAGUGGCACCAAAUGUGGUGACAUACACGGCUCUGUCUGAUGGACUGUGCAAGCAGGGGGAUGUGCGUGCUGCUAAUGAGCUAUUGCAUGAGAUGUGCAACAAGGGGUUAGAGCUGAAUGUUUACACAUACAACUCCCUGAUCAAUGGCCUGUGCAAGUUUGGCAAUCUGGAGCAGGCCAUGAGGAUCAUGACAGAGAUGGAAGCAGCCGGACUUAGACCAGAUGUUUAUACAUAUACAACUCUUAUAGAUACACUCUGCAAGUCAGGAGAGUUUGACAGGGCUCACAGCAUGUUACAGGAAAUGUUAGAUAAAGGAAUUAAGCCUAGUAUUGCGACUUACAAUGUUCUAAUGAAUGGUUUUUGCAUGUCAGGUAGGGUAGAAGGAGGAAGAAAGCUGCUCGAGUGGAUGCUGGAGAAGAACGUCCGCCCAAAUGUUGUAACGUAUAAUUCUCUUAUGAAGCAGUACUGCAUUGACAAGAACAUGAAAUCUACCACUGAGAUUUACAAGGGGAUGCAUUCUCAGGAGGUGGCUCCAAAUGAGAACACAUACAAUAUAUUGAUCAAGGGGCACAGUAAGGCAAGAAAUAUGAAAGAGGCACUGUAUUUCCAUCAUGAAAUGAUAGAGAAGGGAUUUAGACUCACAACAAGCUCUUAUAGUGCUCUUAUAAGAUUGCUGAAUAAAAAGAAGAAAUUUUCUGAGGCAAGAGGGUUAUUUGACGAGAUGCGAAAGGAGGGUUUGAUAGCUGAACCAGAUGUUUACAGUUUUUAUAUUGACAUCAGUUUUAAUGAGGAUAAUUUGGAGUCGACCAUUACACUUUGUGAUGAACUGGUGGAAGCCAGUCAUAAUGAUGAUAGUAUCCUUUCUACGGCCACCUUGAUAUUCCCUUGUAAGCUGUGGAGGUAUAUAUGUGGGAUGCGCACUGAGGUGUUUAUGCACUUUUGCAAGAGUUGA